GGAUUUACCAAGAGGGCUCCGAGGCCAGCACCGCUGUGGUGGCUGUGGAAACGCACACCAUCCACAAGCUGGAAGAAGGGAUUGGUCUCACAACCUAUGAGCUUCCAGCUCCUGCCUUGUAGGAUUGGAGCCUCUUGGGUGGAAAGUUUCAUUUUGAGCUGUUCCUCCCUCAGACCCCAGCACCCUUGAAACGAGUGAGGAAAUCGAGAUUGCCUAUCCCAUCACCUGUGGGGAGAGCAAAGCCAUCCUUCUCUGGAAGAAGUUUGUCUGUCCAGGAAUUAAUGUCAAGUGUGUGAAGGUAAGGGAGAAACUCACAGUGGAUUCCUCUGAUUCCUCCUCUGCUCUUCAGCUGUGCUAUUGGCCUCCACAGGAAUUCCUGGGAAGUUUUUGUGUUUCAUCCUGAGUCCUUUGAUUGUUGGUGCUAAAGUUGUUUUUUGAUGGGGAGAAGCAUGGAAAGAGUGUAUUAAGGAGGGAAGGAUAUUACCCACUUUGUAUUUCAGUUGUGUUGGCCCUUGAGGAGGGACUGAAGGCAGGCAGGAGAUGUGUGUUGACAUCUGGCAGAGCUUUGCCUCCUCGCUUUUCCUUGGUGUCCUGGUACUCCACUCCUGUCACUUCCCUGGCAAGCAGGUUGCAUUGAGAAGGGAAAUCUCGGUCUUACCUUUUCCCACCUGGGAGCAUAGCAGUGUGACAGCAAAGCCCCUUGUGCUUCUGCCCCUCAGCAGGAACUACUCAAGUCACUGGAGUAGGGCAGAACUGAUGUGUCAGCUGGAUGCUGCUGGGCCAUUUGAUGUAACAGAAACUUCCUGUAAUGAUCUCCAGAAUGACUAUACGUGUUCAUAGGAGAUGAUUUGGUUCCUAUGAAGCCUUCAGGGCUGUUCUUGGUUAGGGCUGUGAAUGCCUAUGGCUGGCAGGGCAUCUCUACAGACAUGCUUCCUGGAGCUGUGAGCAUUGCUGUGCCCAGGCGAUCAAAGCUGGGGGGAUCUGAGAAGCAGCUCCACUCUGGGUGGAAGCUGGAGCUCAGGUGAGCUGUGUUGGAUGUCCCAAUCCUCCCAAGUGAUAUUAUUACCCUGUUUGUUGAGCCUUUGCUUGUCUUGUUGCCAGUUCAAUGACCAACUGAUUAGCCCAAAGCACUUUGUUCACCUGGCUGGGAAGUCUACCCUGAAGGACUGGAAGAGAGCCAUUCGCCUUGGAGGAAUCAUGCUAAGGAAGAUGAUGGAUUCAGGGCAGAUUGACUUCUACCAACAUGACAAAGUUUGCACCAACACCUGUCGAAGCACCAAGUUCGAUCUCCUGAUCAGCAGUGCAAGAGCACCAGUGCCAGGGCAGCAGAGCGUGGUGCAGACUCCAGCCUCAGCUGAUGGGAGCAUCACCCAGAUAGCACUGUCGGAGGAGAGUAUGGAUGAGGGGAUUGAGUGGAACUCGGCUCUGACAGCUGCUGUCACCAUGGCCACUGAGGAAGGCAUGAAAAAGGACACGGAUGAGAUCUCAGAGGACACACUGAUGUUCUGGAAAGGAAUAGCUGAUGUGGGGCUGAUGGAAGAGGUGGUGUGCAACAUCCAGAAGGAGAUAGAAGAAGUCCUAAGAGGUGUGCAGCAGCGGUUGGGUCAGUCUCCCUUCCAGAUAACAGAUGCUGCAGUCCUGAACAACGUUGCCCAUACAUUUGGCUUAAUGGACACAGUCAAGAAGGUACUGGACAACAGGAAAAACCAGACAGAGCAAGGAGAGGAGCAGUUUCUUUACACACUGGCAGACCUGGAGCGGCGGCUGGAAGAACAGAAGAAACUUGCCAGAGACCAGAAGGCCAAGUCCCAAACCAUCCAGAAUGUGGUGCUGAUGCCCAUGAGCGCCCCCAAGCCUCCCAAGAGACCCCGUCUGCAGCGCCCAGCCUCUGCCACCAUCCUCAGCCCCUCCACCCCCAUCCAGCAGCCUCAGUUCACUGUCAUCUCCCCCAUUGCCAUCGCACCUGUUGGACAACAGUUCUCUGUGGGCAACAUCCCAGUGGCAACCCUCAACCAAGGCUCCAGCCCGGUGACUGUUCAUACCUUGCCGUCUGGCUCCCAGCUCUUUCGAUAUGCCACUGUGGUUUCAUCCUCCAAGACCAAUUCUUCGGACACCGUCACCCUGCACCCGUCCUCCAGCCUGGCACUGCUGAGCUCAGCAGCCAUGCAGGACAGUGGGGCCCUGGCCAAUGUGGCAGCCAUGGUCAAUCCCGUGGAACUGGUGGCCAUGGAGUCUGGCAUCACUUCCACCAUCCAAGCUGUGGAAGGCACCUCGGACGAUGGCCAGACCAUCAUAGAGAUCGACCCAGCACCAGAUCCUGAGGCGGACACCGAUGAAUCAGAGGGCAAAGCUGUGAUCCUGGAGACAGAGCUGAGGACUGAGGAGAAGGUGGUGGGAGAUGUGGAAGACCAUCAGCACCAGGUCCAUAAUGUGGAGAUUGUGGUCUUGGAAGACUAGUGGGGAAGGCACGCAUCAGUUAGGGGAAGAGUUGGGAAUUUGUUUUAUUUCAGGCUUUUUUGUUAAGCAUCUUUUCCAGUCACCCCAUUUGUUACCAUGGAUAUUUUCAUUGUACUGUAUAUAUAUAUAUGUAUAUAUACAUAUAUAUAUGUGUGUGUAUGUGUAAAAUGUUGUUUUUUAAAACAAAGCUGACAAUACACGUGAGACAUCGACAAGGCUCUGUCUCCGUGGAGCACUGAACAACACCACCUGUGGCAGGGUCAAGGAGAGACUGGAUCUUUGCUGGACAACCCAACCCGGAGGAUAUAGCCAUGCCUCGGUGCUUCUGCUCCAGGGCUGCCCUGGCCCAGAGACUUUAUUUGAGAGAUAAUAACGCUGUUAUUAUUGUGUGUGGAUGUGGCUAUGAAAAGGGGUGACAGAUUUGGGGUGGAACAGGUACCUCAUUUGUAUUUUUAUUUUCCCCCGGGAAGGGAAUUCUGUCAGACCCUUCACUGUCACCUCAAAUGGGAUUUUCUAUUAUUUUUCUUGCUUUGGGGAGGCCAGCAGUACAAUGAAUUUACUGUCUGUGUUCUUCUCCUCCACACAAA